AUGGAGAAGGAUGAUCUUUCCAGCGCACCGUAUCGGGGGCCUAAGCUCCCCAAUGUCCCCGAAGACUUGGUGGUCACCGGCGCUCUUGACUUGGAAUGCGACGAGCGACUGUGGGUGCCCCAAGCUAAAGACGUGUGGUUCCGUCCGCUUUGCUUCAAUGUGUCACACGGCUACUUCGUGAACAUUUUGCGCGUCAGGAAGAGCGGAAUUUUGUCACGCCACCGACACACAGGACCAGUACAUGCCACAGUACUGCGGGGCCGAUGGCACUAUCUCGAGCACCCCUGGUGGGCCGAGGAGGGUGGAUACGCCUUCGAGCCCCCUGGCGAUAUUCACACCUUGGAGGUGCCCGAUGGAGUUCAGGAGAUGGUCACAUUGUUCCAUGUAACGGGCGCAUAUAUCUACGUGGACGUGGAUGGCAAGGCAUUGGGAAUAGAGGACGUUUUCAGCAAACUGCAGGCUGCGCGAAAGCACUACGAAGAGGUUGGCCUGGGCGCUAGCUUUGCGGAUCAGUUCGUGCGGUAG